AUGGCAGUGACAACUUCAGCCGAUCGAUCCCAGCUACUUCCAGAGGACCCCAAGAUGACAGAGACGAUUUCAGCUGAUCAAUCCCAAUCACUUCCAGGAACCCUGCUGGAAGAGUCUUCCAUGGUCAAGCAACUCGGGCUUUCCAAAGCAAUCCUAGAUCGCUAUCAUCAGAGCAUGCAAGAUGUUAUCAAUGACUUACAUGCUGAGUUUGAUCGGGAAAAGCAUCGACUACAGGAGGAAGUCGAAGCUACAAAGCAAAUCACAGCCCGGCUGACCGACGAAUUGCGAGAGUCAACUGAGACCUGCCAGCAUCACGCUACGGAGAAUCAACAAUUGCGCGCCAGAAUUCAGGCUCUAUCAGAUCGACUGGAGUCGUCGACAAAGACCAACCAGCGCCUAGCCCCGGAGAUUGAGCAGUUGCGGACCAAGAACUUCUCUCUGGUCAAUACGCUGAGUGCGUCGACCAAAAGCUGUCAACAUCAAGCCAAGGAGAAUCAGCGACUGCGCGACGAAAAUCAGUCUCUACUAGAACUGAAGGAUUUGGCGACCAAAACCGUCGAUAGUCUUGGAGAUGAACUUGAGGAAUUGGACGACAAAAAUGUUUCUCUGCAGGAGGAGCUCGAUUCAUUGACCGACACUUGCCAUGCCAAAGAUGCCGAGAUACAGCGAUUGCUGACCAAAGUCCAGACUCUGCAAGAUGAGCUAGAAUCUCAGGGCGACAAUAGCAGUCUAGAUCCAACUCCAGGCCGAGAUCAUGGCGGACUCAACAACAGUGUUGGGCAAUUCUUCGGAACCGCAAACAGCACUCCGAUCUUCCAGGAAAAGAACUGUUCGAACUGCGAGUCCGGAUACGGCACUGACGAGGACGAUCAGAGGGGCGUCAUCCUUCCUUGCGGACAUGUCUUCCACUGGCCAUGUAUAUGCUGCUCCAUGAAGCAAUCGAUGCAAUGUCCAAUCUGUCGACAGGAGAUGGCCUGGUCGCUCAACAUGUUGCCGGAGGUGUUCGUUUUGGAGCAGGACGCAGGCACUGCAGCCACCUCCAUAGGUGUUCGAGAUGGAAACGUUAUCAGCUCGGGCGGAUACAGCACCGGAUCUGGUCAUCAGUUCCUAUUUCGUCUGCUGGAACCUCAGAAGCACAAGCCAAACACGUCGAGAAAAGCAUCUUCGACAGUACACUGA